AUGGGCCAUCCAUUCCUCAAGACGCUCCGCGACAGUGCGUUGACGGAUAGCUCGCGUGUCGAAGCGAUACUCUUUGUUGUCGUGGGCCUGACCACUGCCCGCCUGCUUUUCAUCAUCCUCAAAAAAACAUGGGAGUACCGACAGUCCAACGCAGCAGGCCGCCUCCUCGCCUUCCUCUGUUCCAUCGCCGAUAGAUACGAACCAGGCAACAACCUGUACCAGUACCUGCUCAUCGGCCCUCGCGCAUACCACAUCCUGCACCCCAAGAACGUGGAAGCGCUGCUCUCGACCAAUUUUGCCGACUAUGGAUUCGGCUGCCGUCCGGCCGUCUUCGCCCCGCUGCUGGGCAACGGCAUCUUCACCCAGGAGGGUGCCGUUUGGAAGCACUCGCGCGAGCUGUUCCGCAAGCAGUUAAUCCGCGCCCAGUAUCAAGACCUGCGCUACUUUCAUGAGCAUGUCGGGAACCUGAUUGACUGCAUGCCGGCCCACGGGGUCGUCGAUCUGCAGCCGCUGUUCUUCAACCUGACGUGGGAUGGUGGUGGUGGCGCCGGCCCACUUGCUCCACGGCUAUGUGUACUGUCGCUCGGGGAUGCCAUGCUUCGAGGCCGCUUCGUCCCGGCCUAA